AUGAACUCAUCCCCAAAGCCCAGUGCCUACAAGGAAGGGAUAAAUCAAUAUAAGACCUUCACGGGCCCCUUCGCCAAAGUCUUCCUAGGAGGCGUGUUCGUCUACCAGGUGAUCUAUUGGACGUGGUUGAAGUUGGAGAUGGAUGAGACUAAGGUGCAAAAGAAUGAGCAAGUGGCCGUGCUAGAAAAACAGGCCCGGGAAAUCGCUGACUCCCAGAAAUAA